AGGAGUCAGUCGUUAAAAUGAUGUGGCACGUCGCGUAAUAGCGGGCCACACUCAUAACGAUCGCUUUUUACGUUCUUUUUUUCAUAUAUUUUUUCGGUAAAAAUAAAUGCCGAUAACGUCGUCGGCCCUAAAACAAUUAUUAUGUAAUGUUGUACAACACGUCGCGCAACCGACGACGUUCCGGACCGCAAACCAAGUACAAAACACAUGAAAAAACAACACGAGUUAACUUAAACAAUUAAACAACCAAAUCACGAGUUUAAAACAAUAUUAUUAUAAGGCGACCAAAAAAUUUAAAAAAAAUUCAAUCGGAAAAAAAUUAAAAAGGCUGUGUAACACAUCGUAUAGUUUUAUAAAAAAAGAAACACGAAAUGGAUCCGAUAGUGUCAGACUUCGAAGAGCUGAUGGUGUGCGGGUACUGCAAGCAAAAAUUCAACGACACCGAGCUGAGUCCGAAACUGCUCUCGUGCAAGCACUAUUUUUGUUUGCAGUGCACUCGUACGACUCUGAUGGCCAAAGGACAGGAACUCUACUGCGUCUACUGUUGGAAAAGGACGGAGCUGGGAGAGUCGGGGCCCGAAUCGUUGCCCACCUACACGCCGGCCUUAUGUUUGGCCAAGAACUUUUCUCAAAUGAGUUUCGGUGGCAUCAAACCGCCACCCGAUAAAACGACGUUAACACCAAAAAUGGGCUCAGAAAACUGCCACAUCCACGCGAUGCCAUUGGUCCUGUGGUGCCACUCGUGCUGCGCGCCUGUGUGUCGCGCAUGCGCCGCCACCACCGAACACGUGACCCACAAAAUCAAGUCGCAGGGCGAGGCCAAGGACCACUUAGUGGCGGAAAUGCAAAUCGAUUUGGCAUCAAUGAACAAGAUGCUUUCCGAGAUACAAAGACUGGCAAUGCAGCAGCGCGAAUUCCUGCUGAAAAUUCUCGAAGCGUGCGUAACGUUGAAAACACACGUCGAAGCCGACCUUACGAAUAAUGUCUCACAUUUCGAAAUUGGUGAGACUCGCGAUCUUUUAGCGAAACUUCGUCUGAAUCUUUCGAUGGCGGACACGCUCAGCGACGUACAUAGCAUUUACUCGAACGUCAACUUGGAGAAGCACCGUCUCCAGCUGCGCUAUCACGAAAUGUACCUGCAAUGUCAACUGGACGACCUCAUACGCAACUCCUCAGUGAUUUUCGACUUUCAAUUGCUUAAACAGGCACUGAGCAACAUCCACAACGGCGAACCUGUCUAUCCAGGUAACUCAGCAUCAUCGCGAGGCAUUCUGACCGCCUCCCAACAAAACCCGAUCCUAUUCCUGGCCAACUAUUGCAUGUCUCAACUUUAUUCCCGUCAUGUUUUAUCCAAACAACAACAACCUUCCAAUGGAAUUCUUGAAUAUCACAACCACAACCACAAUCAACCUCCUUUAAACUACUCUCAACAACUAGUAGCUACACCUAAAAACAUCAACAUGCGACAACCCUCAAAUGUGUGCCCUUUAUAUUACUUCAACAUUGAAGUAAAUGGUACUCAAAUGGGCCGAAUUGUAAUUGAAGUCAGAGCAGAUGUGGCACCAAAAAUGGCCAAAAACUUUGGGGUUUUAACCACAGGCGAAGCAGGGAUGGGUUAUAAGGGUUGCACAAUAUUUCAAUGUUGGGAGGGCGAAAGUGUAAUCACAGGGGAUUUUGAAUUAAACAAUGGCAGAGGGGGCAGGUCAAUCUUUGAAGAAUCGUAUUUUUUGCCAGACGAUACCAAAUUGGUUGCUUCAAGGGGCACGGUUGGGAUGCGUAGAACACAAAAGCGUCACGACAAUUUGGGCAUGGUUGGGUCGCAGUUUAGGAUAAUUUUGCAAGAGAUGAGAGGUUUUACGGGCAUUUUCGGGCACGUCGUUGAAGGUUUAGAGUUAGUUGAGAAAAUUAGUACCUAUGGGGAUACGGCUGGGAAACCCACUAAAAAUAUUUUGAUUGUUAAAUGCGGAAAACUUCAGUAAAUCAAAAAAAUCUAGUAGAUUUUAGUAAUGUGUAUGGGCAUUUAUUUAUUUUUUUGGUGGGUUAUUAGAUUUAAUAAGUAAUAUAUUGAUAAAUUGGUGUAUUUAGAUGUUUUUAUGUGUAGCUUCAAACAUCAUUAUAGCGAAAACCGGUAUAUUCUAAGCUUAAAACGAAUUUCGAAAUAAACAUAUUAUAUUAUAUACAUGUAUAUCUAUAUAUAUUUUCGUAUUUUUAACUAAAAGAGAAUUAUAUGGACCGAGAUAUAUUUUAUUGUUGUCGAUUUUUUAGCUUUUCUGAAACAUAUUGUUAUGUUUAAGAGUCUAUUUCAGGGUGAACGAAGCCGAAAAGUGUAACGAAACGCUGUUAAAGAUAUCAGAGUUUAAAAAUAGUAGGAGAAGAAUAUUUUUAUUAUAAUAUUAUUAGCGAAAAGAGUUAUUUUUAAUUUUUAAGUAGGUAUAUUGUGAAAUGUUAAUCCAUUCCUUCUUUUAUAUAGAGAACCAAAGUUAAGCGAUAACAAAAUGGCCUAACAGUAGAACAUUCUUGUAAUUUGUAAUACCUGUUGCUUGCAAAACCAAAAUAAAAUAAUGUAGUAAAAGGUAAAAAUUGAUUAUUUGUGUUUCUGUAUAGUAAACUGUCAAAAAAUAUAUGUACUAACAACGAAGGGCAUAUCAUAAAAAUACUUUUUUUUAGAAUUUAUUAUUAAAAUCACAUGAAAAGUAAGUACAAAGGGGGACAAUGUGACUGAAACUUAAUGUAGAGCAGAGCGAUUAUAGUUUUGGGCAAAAAUAUAUUAUUCUUGAAAGCGAUUGCUCAUUUAAGAAUUAUUGAAGUUCAUAAAUUAAAGACUCUAAAGACACAAAGCAUGGAAAACUUUGCAAAAUCUGCUCAUAAUUUAGAGCAUUUGAUAGAUUAUAAAUUGAGACUAAGGACUCUAAAGGCCUUAAAGAUUUCAAAAGAGUUUCAAAUCUGAUGAAUUUAUAAAAACACAACAGUAAAAAACACUUCAAAAUGGAAUUCUUUAAAACUAAGACUAAACCCUUGACUAUUUCAAUUUCAAGAUUUCAAAAGUUCCUAAUUUAAAAAUUACCUGAAAACUACAAAAAUAUUUAAUGUCUCAUGCAAAAUCCAUAACUUGAAUCUGAAGCUAAUUAGAAGCCUAAGACUAAAGCUUGAUUUAAAGACUAUUAGGAUGUGACAAAAAUCCUAAAAAACUUCUUUUUGAAAAGCUUAAAAGUUUGCAAAAUAAUUCAAUAGAUAUAGGGGAACUUGAGAGCCUUUUUGAGAAUCAGGAAUUUACAAGAGGUAAACCACCUUGGAAUUAUAGUGUACAAGCAUAUGGGAUUUCAGUGGAAUUCUAGAUUCUGUAGUUCAGAAACUCCUGAUAUAUGAAAUUUACUCAAUAGUUCAAUAACUUAUUCAUUUUUCAUUCAGAAUUGUCACUCAGUAAUUCAAAAACUCACUAAUUUUCAGGUCAGCACAUUUCUACAGUUUUUUCAUGCAACUUUGAUUUGGAGCUUCAAAUUGACUUUUCCACAAAGAGGAAACUUCAAUUCAUAAAUCCUGAACAUUUCAUGUCACAGUGAUCAUUAGAAGUACUUUGCACAAGUGAUUCUUGUAGGUUUUAAUCAUUUUUGCAUACAUUAACGUAUAAAAGCUUCUAAAUUUAAUUUGGAGUUUCAAAUCAACUUCAAAAUUUUGGUAGAAGAUCCCCCUAACCUUCUUCUUUAGACUCAGAAAAUUUCAAAUUAUUAUCAUUAUCGGAUUUUGAGAUAAAAAUUCAAAUGUGUUAUAAUGCAUUUUUUCCCUUUGAAGUUGAUUUUUAGGAUCUUUUCCAAUUUUGAAUCUAUCGGCUUGAAAUUUUUCUAGAAGAUCCUCCUAACCUUCUUUUUUAGACUCCAAAAGUUUCAAAUUUUUAUCAUUAUCGGAUCUUGAGAUAAAAAUUCACAUACCUCAUACAUAAUGCAUUUUUUCCUUUCGAAAUCGAUUUCUAGGAUCCUUUCCAAUUUCGAAUUGAUCGGCUUGAAAUUUUGGUAAAAGAUCCUGCUAACCUUCUUCUUUGGACUCAGAAAAUUUCAAAUUAUUAUCAUUAUCGGAUUUUAAAAUAAAACUUCAAAUGUCUUAUGAUGCAUUUUUCCCCAUUGAAUGUUCACCAAAGUUGAGUUUUGGAAUCUUUACCAACUUUGAAUCGAUCGGCUUGAAAUUUUGGUAGAAUAUCCUGCUAACCUUCUUCUUUAGACUCAGAAAAUUUCAAAUUAUUAUCAUUAUCGGAUUUUGAGAUAAAAAUUCAAAUGUGUUAUAAUGCAUUUUUUCCCUUUGAAGUUGAUUUUUAGGAUCUUUUCCAAUUUUGAAUCUAUCGGCUUGAAAUUUUUCUAGAAGAUCCUCCUAACCUUCUUUUUUAGACUCCAAAAGUUUCAAAUUUUUAUCAUUAUCGGAUCUUGAGAUAAAAAUUCACAUACCUCAUACAUACAUAAUGCAUUUUUUCUUUUCGAAAUCGAUUUCUAGAAUCCUUUCCAAUUUCGAAUCGAUCGGCUUGAAAUUUUGGUAAAAGAUCCUCCUAACCUUCUUCUUUGGACUCAGAAAAUUUGAAAUUAUUAUCAUUAUCGGAUUUUGAAAUAAAAAUUCAAAUGUCUUAUGAUGCAUUUUUCCCCAUUGAAUGUUCACCAAAGUUGAGUUUUGGAAUCUUUACCAACUUUGAAUCGAUCGGCUUGAAAUUUUGGUAGAAUAUCCUGCUAACCUUCUUCUUUAGACUCAGAAAAUUUCAAAUUAUUAUCAUUAUCGGAUUUUGAGAUAAAAAUUCAAAUGUGUUAUAAUGCAUUUUUUCCCUUUGAAGUUGAUUUUUAGGAUCUUUCCCAAUUUUGAAUCUAGCGGCUUGAAAUUUUUCUAGAAGAUCCUCCUAACCUUCUUUUUUAGACUCCAAAAGUUUCAAUUUUUUAUCAUUAUCGGAUCUUGAGAUAAAAAUUCACAUACCUCAUACAUAAUGCAUUUUUUCCUUUCGAAAUCGAUUUCUAGGAUCCUUUCCAAUUUCGAAUUGAUCGGCUUGAAAUUUUGGUAAAAGAUCCUGCUAACCUUCUUCUUUGGACUCAGAAAAUUUGAAAUUAUUAUCAUUAUCGGAUUUUGAAAUAAAACUUCAAAUGUCUUAUGAUGCAUUUUUCCCCAUUGAAUGUUCACCAAAGUUGAGUUUUGGAAUCUUUACCAACUUUGAAUCGAUCGGCUUGAAAUUUUGGUAGAAUAUCCUGCUAACCUUCUUCUUUAGACUCAGAAAAUUUCAAAUUAUUAUCAUUAUCGGAUUUUGAGAUAAAAAUUCAAAUGUGUUAUAAUGCAUUUUUUCCCUUUGAAGUUGAUUUUUAGGAUCUUUCCCAAUUUUGAAUCUAGCGGCUUGAAAUUUUUCUAGAAGAUCCUCCUAACCUUCUUUUUUAGACUCCAAAAGUUUCAAUUUUUUAUCAUUAUCGGAUCUUGAGAUAAAAAUUCACAUACCUCAUACAUAAUGCAUUUUUUCCUUUCGAAAUCGAUUUCUAGGAUCCUUUCCAAUUUCGAAUUGAUCGGCUUGAAAUUUUGGUAAAAGAUCCUGCUAACCUUCUUCUUUGGACUCAGAAAAUUUGAAAUUAUUAUCAUUAUCGGAUUUUGAAAUAAAACUUCAAAUGUCUUAUGAUGCAUUUUUCCCCAUUGAAUGUUCACCAAAGUUGAGUUUUGGAAUCUUUACCAAUUUUGAAUCGAUCAGCUUGAAAUUUUGGUAGAAUAUCCUGCUAACCUUCUUCUUUAGACUCAGAAAAUUUAAAAUUAUUAUCAUUAUCGGAUUUUGAGAUAAAAAUUCAAAUGUGUUAUAAUGCAUUUUUUCCCUUUGAAGUUGAUUUUUAGGAUCUUUCCCAAUUUUGAAUCUAGCGGCUUGAAAUUUUUCUAGAAGGUCCUCCUAACCUUCUUUUUUAGACUCCAAAAGUUUCAAAUUUUUAUCAUUAUCGGAUCUUGAGAUAAAAAUUCACAUACCUCAUACAUAAUGCAUUUUUUCCUUUCGAAAUCGAUUUCUAGGAUCCUUUCCAAUUUCGAAUUGAUCGGCUUGAAAUUUUGGUAAAAGAUCCUGCUAACCUUCUUCUUUAGACUCAAAAAAUUUCAAAUUAUUAUCAUUAUCGGAUUUUGAGAUAAAAAUUCAAAUGUCUUAUGAUGCAUUUUUCCCCAUUGAAUGUUCACCAAAGUUGAGUUUUGGAAUCUUUACCAAUUUUGAAUCGAUCGGCUUGAAAUUUUGGUAGAAUAUCCUGCUAACCUUCUUCUUUAGACUCAGAAAAUUUCAAAUUAUUAUCAUUAUCGGAUUUUGAGAUAAAAAUUCAAAUGUGUUAUAAUGCAUUUUUUCCCUUUGAAGUUGAUUUUUAGGAUCUUUUCCAAUUUUGAAUCUAUCGGCUUGAAAUUUUGGUAGAAGAUCUUCCUAACCCUCUUCUUUAAACUCAGAAAAUUUCAAAUUAUCAUUAUUAUCGGAUUUUGAGAUAAAAAUUCAAAUGUCUCAUGAUGCAUCAUUUUUUCCCUUUAAAUGUUUGCCAAGUUGAUUUUUGGGAUCUUUUCCAAUUUUGAAUCGUUCGGCUUGAAAUUUUGAAGCUAAUUAAAAGCCUGAGACUAAAGCUGAAUUUAAAGACUUUAAAAAAGUUUGCAAAAUAAUUCAAUAGAUAUUUGGGAACUUGAGUACCUUUUUGAGAAUCAGGAAAUUAACAAGGUAGUAACUAAAGGCCAGGGAUAAACCACCUUGGAAUUAUAGUGUACAAGCAUAUGGGAUUCCACUGGAAUUCUAGAUUCUGUAGUUCAGAAAUUCUUGAUUUUUAUAUCAGAAGUAUGAGAGGUUUGUGUGUAUGUACUUUUUACUCAUUAGUUCAGUUAAUUUAUUUUUAAAUCAGAAUUUUCCUUAUCAAUAAGUGAAUUACUCACAAACCUCGCUCUGCUCAUCCCGCAGCAAUUAUACUCAUGAAAUUUACUCAAUAAUUCAAUAACUUAUUCAUUUUUCAUUCAGAAUUGUCAAUAAUUCAAAAACUCACUAAUUUUCAGGUCAGCACAUUUUUACAGUUUUUUUUUCAUGCAACUUUGAUUUGAAGCUUAAAAUUAUCUUUUCCACAAAGAGGAAACUUCAAUCCUGAAAGUUUCAAGUCAUUGUGAUCAUUAGAAGUACUUUGCACAAGUGAUUUUUGCAGAUUUUAAUCAUUUUUGCAUGCAUUAACAUAGGAAAAAGCUUCCAAAUUCAGUUUGCAACUUUAAAUCGACUUCAAAUUAACUUUUCCACCAAGAGUAAUCAUCAGUUUAUGAAUCCUGAAAGUUUCAAGUCACUGUGGUCAUUGGAAAUAUUUUUCACAGGUGAUUUUUGCAAAUAUUGACAAUUUUUGCAUGCAUUAACAUGAGAAAGAGUUUCUCUAUUUAGUUUGGUGCUUCAAAUCGACUUCAAAUUGACUUUUCCACAAAGAGGAAACUUCAAUUCAUAAAUCCUGAAAGUUACAAGUCACUGUGAUCAUUAGAAGUACUUUGCACAAGUGAUUUUUGCAGAUUUUAAUCAUUUUUGCAUGCAUUAACAUAAGAAAGAGUUUCCAAAUUCAGUUUGCAGUUUUAAAUCGACUUCAAAUUAACUUUUCCACCAAAAGAAAUCAUCAGUUUAUGAAUCCUGAAAGCUUCAAGUCACUGUGAUACUCAUGAAUAAUAAAAUCUCAUUCAUUUGCAGUGGAAUUUCAGUGGGAUUCUGUUAGAAGUGGGAUUAUGGUGUACAUUAUUUUUUUAAGUGGUUUACCCCUCCAUAGUAACAUAAUUCAGAAUUUUCAUAAUCAAAGAAUCUUCUUGAAAAAAUAUUUCAGAAUCUACAAAUUCUCUUUAGAAACUUCAUUAAAAAUUCUUAUAGGAAAAAAACACAAAGUUUACAAGGUACUUAAUUACUAAAAAUUGAAGAUCUCCCGAGUCUUUUCAGAGAAAAAUAAUAAGAAAUUUGCAUUAUUAAUUAUAGUUUGCAUAUAGAUACAACUUCAAUGAGCAAUUACUUUUGAGAAAAUCCACCCAAUAAUAAUAAAUAAGCCAUAUAUUAUCUUGCCUAAACACCAACACUAUAAAAGCAAAGUUUACUCAUUAACCGACUAAACUUUGCCCUAAACCUAAACCUAGUAAAUAUAAAAAUAAAUGUAAUGUUUUGCUGUAAUGUGCAAUAAAAUAAUACCAAAAAAUGCCCAAGUGUUGUAAAUAAAACUUCUUACCUUAUAAUAGACAUCAGGAACAUAUUGUUUAUCAGUUGAUUCUCGUACAUAGCCCAACUCUGAGGCGUCCUUAGUUGGCACCAGACAAUUGUCCCUUACUAAUGCCAUGCACUGGUUGGACACUUGAUAACCUUCCAUGUGAACUUGAUUAGUUU